AUGUUCAACGUAAUGAUCCACGUGCUCCAAUAUGAACAUCAUGCGCAGAAACCAUUCAUUUCUUUUAUUUACAGCGUAAUGUCAAGGUCAUCUACGUGUGUUGAGUGGGGAAGAAAAAAAAACACACAGAAUGAUGAAGCAGAAUUAAGAAAUAAGCUGAUACAUUCAAGUACCUACAUGACUCCUAAAAGAAGUUUAAUGAACAUCUAUUAA